GUAUGUAUAUGUACAUAGCUAUCAGCAUACAUUAUAUCUUAUCUUAGCAAAUUAUAUUUCAUUAGUAUUCCAACUUUUGGAGAAAAGAAACUAUGAGUAGUACAAUUUUAACUUUCAUACUAUUUUUAACUUGUGUGGUGUGUAGUGGAAUUGUAUUGCAGACAAACGAGGAAUGUCCAGUUUUAGAACAACAAUUAGUAGAUAGUCUUGAAAAGAUCAAACUUCUACAAGAAGAAAUACAACUCCUGAAGACCGUAUCUUCCUGUCAUUGCCGUGACGGAUGGAUACAUGGUAAUGGCUCUUGCUACUAUAUGCCAAAUCAGAAGAAGAACUGGAAUGAUGCUCGUGCAUUUUGUCAACAACUUGGUGCUCAUCUCGCUGUCAUUGGUACUCCUGAAGAAGACAAAAUUGUUGGUGACUUCCUUACAAGAGCUCAUAAUAUGAGUAGUGCAUAUGAAGGAGUAACCUACGUAUGGUUAGGCGGAUAUGACAGUGUCCAGGAAGGUCACUGGCAUUGGGUAACAGGUGAACCAUUUGUAUAUACAAACUGGCGUGGUGGAGGCCCCAACAAUGGUGGAGGAAGUGGAGAAGAUUGCUUGGACUGGAGCGACGGAUGGAAUGAUAAUGUGUGUAGUCGGGCCUUUUAUUUCUUAUGUGAAAUGUAAUACAAAAUAGA